AAGGGUUUCAUUGUUCCUGCGGCGAUUCUAUUUACGAAGAGUACAACUAAAACCCUCAUCAAGCAGAGACCCCAAACCAAAACAAGAGACAGAGAUGGGAAAAGCAGAGAAAGAACAGCUGAAUCGGGCUCUCACUGCCCACCUCAAUACUAUCCAUGAAACUUUGCAGGUGUUGGAUCAAAGUCCCCCUUCUAAUUCUAUGGAGAAAGUUACCUGGUCUCAGGUUAUCCAGAUUGGUGAACAAGUUUCCAAGCAAGCUACCAUUGCUGGAAUGCUUUGGAAUGGGGAAUCACCUCAAGCUAAAGAAGUUGAGGAAAACGUGAAUUCAUAUUUCAAUGUGUUGCAGGGCUUCCUUUUGCUUUCCCAUGGAAGUACUGUUGGUGCUGGCCCAACUCUCUCCUCAAGUAUCCAUGAAUCCGUGAAGCACGUUGUUGAUUGCAGUUUUAGGUUAAUGAAGGAACAUGUCUCGUUAUAUGGAUCUCACAAUAAGGAGAAAAAACUAUCGAUAUCUCAGAUUGUUGGAGCAGUAUGGGAGGCAUGUUCUGCUCUUAAGAAGGUCCCUCCCACAAAUGUAACAGCGAUCGGGCGAGCAAUGACGCAAGUAGCAGUUUCCAUGAAGGAUGUACUUCGUGAGAUAAACGAGCUCAAGCCUGCUUCCUCCAACCCUGGGGAUGAAACCUCUGAUAACACUCCUAGCAAAGCAGAAAGCAAGCCUGAAGAUGAUGACAUAAGUGAUGAUGAUCUAGGCAGCGACUUGUCACCUGAAGAAAUGAAAGUAGCUCAACUAGCUCAUGGGGUUGUGUCUGAGACACUUGUGGUUAUAAAGGAACUUAUCCGCACAAUCACCGGUAUGCUUAAACUUGAAACCCCAGAUGACAAUGGUAAAUUUGUGGGUUCUUUGGAGAAAUUAUUGAAGAUGUGUCAAGGUGUCGGAGCAGAGAUAGAUGAGAUUGGAGCCUGUCUUUACCCCCCUCAAGAGAUUGAUGCAAUAAAACUGGCUUUGGAGAAAAUGUCAAGUAGGAUCAAUGAAAUACAGCAAGAGGUUGAAAGUUUUCCAACAUCUUCGGAGCCCUUUCUUGAGGCUUGCAGUGGAUUGAGAACUGUGUUAAAAGAAAUGGAAGCUCAACUCAAUAGCCUGAGCGCAACAGAGUUAACAACUAAAAUGCAGAACGUUGCUGUCAUCAAUUAGAUUUAUAUGUAGAGAGAUGGAUAUGCGAAAGAGAAAUUUGUUCUGAAAUGCCUUUAAUUCUUUUAACAGUAUUUCUUUUUAUUUUGUAUUUGAAGUUCUCAGCAGUCUAGUAUCUUUAAAUAUUAAUAGCCAAGUUGCUUUUAAACUAUACAAACUUUGUAUGAAUUUUGAUUUGUGUAAUUAUACACAUUUAACUUAAA